GGACCUAGCCCCACCCCCAUCUCUGUGCUGUUACUCGCUUCAGCUACGCAGGUGCUGAGCUGGGACCGGGGUCGGUGUGGGACGCUCGGGGCAACGCGCGGACAGGCUGUAAGAAGUUUAUUGUUUAUCCUGAAAAAUGGAUACCAACCCUUCUGUUGAAAUGUUUAAAAAAGUUCUGGAGAAUCAAAUGCUUCAGACUACCAAGAUAGUGGAAGAAGAGCUGGAUGCUGAGAUCCAGAAAUUGGACCAAAUGGAUGAUGAAGAUUUGGAACGUCUUAAAGAAAGGAGACUUGAAGCUCUGAAAAAAGCCCAGCAGCAGAAACAAGAAUGGCUUUCAAAGGGACAUGGAGAAUACAGAGAGAUUCCAAGUGAGAGAGACUUUUUCCAAGAAGUCAAAGAGAGUAACAAUGUGGUUUGUCAUUUCUAUAGAGAUACAACUUUAAGGUGCAAAAUAGUAGACAAACACCUGACAAUACUGGCAAAAAAACACAUCGAGACAAAAUUCAUAAAAUUAAAUGCCGAAAAAUCUCCAUUCCUGUGCGAGAGACUGAGCAUCAAAGUAAUUCCCACUCUAGCACUAGUAAAAGAUGGAAAAACACAAGAUUUUAUUGUUGGCUUUACUGAUCUUGGUAAUACAGAUGACUUCACCACAGAGACCUUAGAAUGGAGACUAGGGUGUUCAGGCAUAAUCAAUUACAGUGGAAACUUGAUGGAUCCACCUUUUCAGACCCAAAAGAAAUUUGGAACCAGCUUCACAAAACUGGAUAAAAAAACCAUCAGAGGGAAGAAAUAUGACUCAGAUUCUGAUGAUGACUAGAAACCAAGCCUAAAAAUCUUUGUAAAUCAUCUUUUUGUUAAGCCUGGUACAUUUCUAGGAAUGUUUUUAUAAAGGCUAUUGUUUUCAUUACAUUUUCACCUAAUGCUCAUUUUUCUAUACUGUUUUAUACAAUGGAAUCGCAUCAGAAGAAAUUUUCAAUAUUUUCCACCUCUUCUGGAGGUCAUUUAUAGGUUGUGAAUCUGAGCCCUUUGAACUAGAUAUCAUCUGAGAAAUUAUGAUAAAAUCUAUUUAACUAUAAGUUUAAUAGUUAUUUCAAAACAUUUCCAUAAGCUACGUCUUAGUAUUUUAUACCAUUGAUCAUUUUUCAGUAAGAGACUUAGUGGCAAGAGCUACAAGUAACUACUACCGUCAUAGCACAUCUUAAAUCAUUGCUUAUCUUAUAGUGCCAUAGUGUGACAAUAACUAAUUAAAUGCAUUGCACUAUGAGCUGUAAAACAGUUUUAACAUCUAUCAAUUUUGAAGUAGGUUAUCAAAAGAAACGCCUUUUUACCAACUACGUAUGCUGCAUGUUAAAGCUGAUACAGCAGGUAGUAGCACGUGGCAACAAGCCUAUCAAAAACUGCCUUCUUUGCAGGAUUAUAUAAUAUAAUUCCGUGGUCUUGGAUGUGUGAAUUUUUAUUGUACAAGUUUGUACAAGAGACGCUGCCAGACAAAAAUAUUGGGAGAGAUGAUGUUUUUGGUUUUAAUUUGAGACUCCAGUGCAGUACGCUUGAUUGCACUGUUGCUCUUCAGUUGCUAGGGAUCUGUACCCUCUCUGAGGCUCAGCAUUGAGCUCAGUAUCUGUCCAACUCAGGAGUGGUUUUAUUUCACUAUUCAUUUUUGUGAGAAAUUAAAGUCCUCCUGGGGAAAUGAGCCUCUUCAGUACUUCCAGUCCUGUUGGUCCAACAAGCAAACUGAGGACUGGAACUCUCAUCAGUCUCACUGCUUUACAGCGGAGAGCAUUUUCCCACUGGGCCAGCCCAGCAAUAUAUUUCUCCUGUUCUGUAAAACUAAGUUAUUUUAAUUCAUGUACAUUGAAAUAAAGUACUUAAAUUCUAAUGA